ACAGGUUUUUCCAUAUUUACAUGGACGACCGUCUCGUCUGCCUAUUUAUUCGCAAGGAAGACCCAGUGGAAGGCGGUUCUCUUCCCGAGUUGCGACAUGCAGAAGGUUUUGGUAAUUGUGAUCUUCACCCUCGUGGUGGGGUUAUGCCUGGCGUUCCCUGAACCAGGCGCAGACGCUGCAGCAGAAGCAGAGGCAACAGCAGAAGCAGAAGCAUUAGCAUUAGCAGAAGCAGAAGCAUUAGCAGAAGCAGAAGCAGAAGCAGAAGCAGACCCAGACCCGCACCGUCGUCAUUUUGGUGGCGGAGGAUUUGGCUUUGGCAUCUACGGAUACCCCUUCGGUUACGGCGGGUACAACCACCACCACCACCACCACCGCCCUCAUUAUUACCACAGACCUCACUACUACAAUGGUUAUUACGGGGGAUACCAACCCCACUAUCACCAUUUUGGCCACACUCACUACUACUAAAGCUUUGGUAAACUCCGAACUACGGAAAGGUUUAAUUGUGCAAUCUUCGUGUUAGAUAGUGGCCAGAUAUUGUUAAAUUCAACAUUUCAACUGAGUUUGGGGUUACUGAGUUGUUAAAUUGCUGAGGUUACUGAAUUAUUAAAACUCAAAACCUGCUUUUGAACUCAGCGUUGGGGCGACUGAAUUGUAAAACUGAAGAGGUGGUUUUUAACUCAACACUGGGGUUGCUGGAGUGUAAAAUUCAACUGAAGCUGAUUUUGAACUCAGCGUGAACUCAGCGUUGUGGCGACUGAAUUGUAAAUUUUAACUAGAGAUAUUUUUAAACUUAGUUUAGGGUUGCCUAAUUGUAAAAUUCAACUGAAGCUCAUUUUGAACUCGAGUUGGGGCAAAUGUCUUGUAAAAUUCAACUAAGAGAUGAUUCAUAAAUGUCGUCCCUAGGUCAAUCUAAAGACAGAACUUCUCUUUUAAAGUUGUUAUAAAGAUUUUAUUAACUCUGACUGUUGAAUCUAAUUUAUGUUAAAACAUGACCGUAACUUACUAACGUCUAAUUUAUUUAUGUAUUACUAAAUCACAUCUAUUUAUGAGAAUACAUUUUUAUUAAUAAAAUAUAUCACUGACUGUUA